CACCCCCCGCCACACCAAAACAUUCAAUGUGACUCAAAUUAAAAAACAAUAAUAAAAAAAUAACAAUUCAUUGUAAAUAUUUUUUUACAUGAAAUUGUUGAUAUUUUAAAUACACUUGGAUGUUAAUAAACAAUUGUUAAAUGGAAGAUUUUAAAGCUACAGAAUUUUAUUCGGGUCUUGGACUUGCCAUUAUCUCCAAUAUAUUCAUUGGUGCAAGUUUUAUUAUUAAAAAAAAAGCAUUAAUUAAUCUUCAAAAAAAUGGUUUACGUGCUGGAGCUGGAGGGCAUGGAUACUUGAAAGAUUGCAUGUGGUGGGCUGGAUUUUUAUCAAUGGGUAUUGGUGAAGCUGCUAAUUUUAUUGCUUAUGCAUUGGCACCAGCUUCAAUUGUAACACCUCUUGGUGCCUUGAGCAUUGUUGUAUCUGCUGUGUUGUCAUCAAAAUAUCUCAAUGAAAAGCUCAACUUACUUGGCAAGAUGGGUUGUUUUUUAUGUAUUAUUGGAUCAACAAUGUUUAUUUUACAUGCACCAAAAAUAGAACAACAUGAUACAUUUGAUGAAUUAAUAGCUAGAGUAUUUAAUGGUGGUUUUAUAUUUUAUACAAUGAUAAUAUUAUCAAUUUGUUUAUUUAUUGUAUUUUAUUUUGGACCAGUUUAUGGCAAAGAAAAUGUCAUUGUAUAUGUAUUUUUAUGUUCAAUUAUUGGUUCACUAACUGUCAUGUGUUGUAAAGCACUUGGUUUAGCAUUGAGAGAAAUGAUUUAUGAUGGAAAAAAUCAUAUGGAAAAUUUUACAAUAUGGAUAUUAUUAUUUUCUACAAUAACUUUUAUCAUGAUACAAAUGAAUUAUUUAAACAAAGCAUUAGAUUUAUUUAAUACUGGUAUUGUAACACCAAUAUAUUAUGUUUUUUUUACAACAUCUGUUAUCAUUGCAUCUACAAUAUUAUUCCAAGAAUGGAAAACAAUGAUUUUUCAAGAUAUAUUAGGUACAAUAUGUAGUUUUUUAAUUGUUAUAACAGCAAUAUUUAUGCUCAAUGCAUUUAAAGAUAUUGAUAUAUCUUACAAUGAUUUAAAAUCAUUGUCAUUACCUAAAAGAGAUAAUAGACGUUCAAAUAAUAAUUGUGUAAGAAGAGAUUACUUGGGUGAAGAAGAUAAAUUAUUUGUUACUGUUGAUGAACAACAAGAUUAUAGUUCAUCUAAUAAUGUUAGAAAUACAUGACAAAAAAAAAGAAAAAAAGUUAUAACUCAGGUUGUUUAGAAUAUUUUUAACAUCCAGAAAAUAAGACUUUUUUUCAAUUGAAAAAAAAAAAAAUAUAUUGUUUAUACUGAGGCUGUGAUUAAGUAUAUUCAAAUUCAUUAGGAAAAAUUAAUCAAUAAAUUUAUAUUGUUGUGUAAAAUAUUUAAAUAAUUUUUUGAUUUAUUAAAGAAAUAAUUAUUCAAAU